AUGUCCAACCGCGACCCCUACACCUUCCUCAACCAAUCCAGCAUCCCAAAACCCAUAAUAACCGCAAUCCACGGCAUCCUGAAGGCAUGGGACAUGCCUACUAGCAAUCCUACUAACCCAACCACGGACGAUCACAGUUAUCUCAACCACUUCCACCCCGACGGCAUCCUACACGUCAUCACCGCCGAACCGACAAAGGGCGCCGCGGCAAUCAAGAAAUUGCAUGACACCAUGCUCAAUCCGCGGACUGGGCCGGUGGUCAAGUUACAGCAUUUUUGUGACAAGGUGUUUUUGAUGCCAGGCAGAGUCGACAGCUUGCCCCCUGCCUCUGCCUCCGCUUCUGCCUCGGUGCCAAAAGAUAUUCAGCAAGGCGCGGAUCAUCACAGUCAGACAGACAAGAGUCACAAGACCGAGGCCAUCUUUACGGGCAAGUUGACUUCGACGUUGAUCACCGGAGAGGAAAUCACUACCGACUUUGCGACUUGGAUUGUUUUGGCGCCGGCCACCUCUCUGGACGACACAAAUGCAGAGAAAACUGGUGGAGAAGGAGGCAGCAAAAGAGAUGCUGAUGCCGAGCCGGAACUGAGUCUGCGCGUCGAGUAUUUGAGGGUGUUUUCCGAUACUUGUGCGUUGACUGCUGCGAUUGCUGCGAUGGGAAAUGGGAAAUAA